AUGGUCGCAGACAAGGACGGGCAAGCCGGCCGCCAGAGUGCCACGCCUGCCGCCAGCCCUAACGCCGCCCCUGCUGCCACCGGCCCGCCGCGCUCCCUCGAUCCCGAGAAGGCGGCUCCGCUUGGCAUCGAGAAAAGAGCCAGCUACAGCUCCAACACGUCGGCCAGCGACGACGAUGCCGACGUCAAUGAUGCAAAGAGCUCGUCUGCGCCCGACCAGCACCCCGGCUGGCUCGACAGGGCGAACCCGCUGAAGAAGAGGAACAAGCCAGCUGUGCCCACCGAGCGUGACGUCUCGCGAGAACAUGGCGCCGGCUUCUUCAGUCUGCUCACCUUCCAGUGGAUGGCCCCGCUCAUGUCGGUCGGCUACCAGAGGACUCUCGAGCUGAACGACAUCUGGUUGGUGAACCCCGACCGCACUGCUGAAGUUCUGUCGGCCAAGCUCGUCGAGUCAUUCGACCGCCGCCGAGCUCGUGGCGACCCGCGCCCGCUGGCCGGCGCCCUGUAUGAAACGUUCAAGUUCGAGUUCUGGCUCGGCGGCGUCUGCCAGUUGAUCGCCAGCAUUGUGCAGGUCCUCUCGCCCUUUACCCUACGCUACCUGAUCAGCUUCGCUACCGAGGCCUACAUCGCCCAGCGAGCAGGAAGCCCUGCGCCCUCGAUUGGCCGCGGGCUUGGCCUCGUGUUCGGCAUCACGGGUAUGCAAAUCCUCCAAAGCUUGUGCACCAACCACUUCCUGUAUCGGGGAAUGAUGGUGGGCGGCGAAGCCAGGGCUGCCCUGAUCUCCGUCAUCUUCGACAAGGCCUUGCGCAUCUCCGGCAGAGCAAAGGCUGGCGGCAAGCCUCUCGAUGCCACCCCGCCCCCGCACAUCAAACCGGGGUCCGAGGAAGAGCGAAAGUGGUAUAGGAAGAUGCUUGGCCGCAAGGACCACGGUGCCAAGCCCAGCCCAGCCUCGAUCAAAGGCGUUGCUGGGGAUGGAAUGGGAUGGGGCAACGGCAGGAUCAUCAAUCUGAUGUCUGUCGACACUUACCGCGUCGACCAGGCGUCUGCCUUCUUCCACAUGAUUUGGACUUCUCCUGUUUCCAUCCUCAUCACUCUGGCCCUUCUUCUGUACAAUCUGACCUACAGUGCCCUCGCUGGCUUCGGGCUCUUGGUGGUUGCGUUCCCGCUCCUUGGCAAGUCAAUCAAGAGCUUGUUCAAACGAAGGGUCAGCAUCAACAAGAUCACCGACCAGAGGGUGAGCUUGACCCAGGAGAUUCUCUCGGCCGUGCGCUUCGUCAAGUACUUUGGCUGGGAGACGUCUUUCCUCGAACGCAUCGACGCCAUCAGGAACAAGGAGAUCCGGAUGAUCCAGAAAGUCCUGGCCAUUCGCAACGGCAUCAACGCCGUCGGGAUGUCGAUGCCUGUGUUCGCCUCGAUGCUGUCGUUCAUCACGUAUUCACUGUCGAACCACGUCCUUGACCCCGCCCCUAUUUUCUCUUCUUUGGCCCUGUUCAACUCACUCCGUCUGCCCCUCAACUUGCUUCCGUUGGUCCUGGGCCAGACAAUCGAUGCGUAUUCCUCCAUCAAGCGAAUCCAGGAAUUUCUCUUCGCCGAAGAAGCCGACGAGGCUAUCCAGUGGAGGGAGGACAUGAAGGAAGCCGUUCUUGUCAAGAGUGCCGAUUUCACGUGGGAGCGCUCGCCUACGCAAGACCCUGAUCACAUCCCAGGCAAGGGACCCAAGGGCCAGAAGCAGCUCAAGCAGGAGAAGAGGGAGGCCAAGGAGGCAGAGAAGAAGGCUGCAAAGGAGAGCCGGAGGAGCGGUGACGCACAUGAUGCCUCGGAUCCGAGUGUCUCAAGCACGCCUGUGGAGAAAGAACCGUUCAAGCUUCAGGGAUUGAACUUCUCGGUGGCUCGCAACGAGCUCGUUGCCGUCAUCGGAACGGUUGGGUCCGGGAAGAGUUCGCUGCUUGGGGCCCUUGCUGGAGACAUGCGCCGAACCUCUGGAGAGCUUAUGCUGGGAUCGACUCGGGCCUUCUGUCCCCAAUACGCCUGGAUUCAGAACGCCACCGUCAGGGAAAAUAUCAUCUUCGGGACCGACUUCGAUCAGGAGUGGUACGACCGGGUUGUUGACGCGUGCGCGCUGCGGGCAGACUUUGAUAUGUUGCCGAACGGAGACCACACUGAAAUCGGCGAACGAGGCAUCACUGUGUCUGGUGGCCAGAAGCAGAGGAUCAACAUCGCGCGUGCCAUCUACUUUAAUGCGGACAUUAUUCUCAUGGACGAUCCUCUGUCAGCUGUCGAUGCGCACGUCGGCCGUCACAUCAUGGACAACGCAAUCUGUGGCCUGCUGGAGAAUAAAUGCAGGGUCCUGGCCACCCACCAGUUGCAUGUUCUUCACCGGUGCGACCGCAUCAUGGUGAUGCACGAAGGCCGCAUCUCUGCAGCCGGCACCUUUGACUAUCUGAAGGCACACAACGAGGAUUUCCAAAAGCUCAUGGCAUCUACUGCCGUGGAAGAUGACGACAAGAAGGGGGAGCAGCCCGACGAUGCAGACGAGAUCGAGGAAGAAAAGAAGGAUGUCAAAAAGAAGGCCCCCAAAAGGCCGGCUCAAGGCCUAAUGCAGGCUGAAGAAAGGGCAGUCAAAAGCGUGUCUUGGAGCGUUUACUCGGCAUACAUCAAGGCGUCUGGCUCCAUCCUCAUUGCGCCGCUGGUCCUUGGUCUCUUGAUCCUGUCGCAGGGUGCCAAUAUUGUUACUAGCCUGUGGCUCUCGUGGUGGACGUCCGACAAGUUCGGGUACUCGGAAGGGGCCUACAUUGGUGUUUACGCCGCCUUGGGUUUCACGCAGGCGAUGCUGAUGUUCGUCUUCUCGGUUGCCCUGUCUGUGUUCGGCACCAAAGGAUCCAAGGUCAUGUUGCACCAGGCCAUCACCAGAGUCCUCAGAGCGCCCAUGUCGUUUUUCGACACCACCCCCCUCGGACGUAUCACGAACCGUUUCUCCAAGGACAUCGACACCAUGGAUAAUGCCCUCACGGACUCGAUGCGCAUGUUUCUCCUCACAAUGGCCAUGAUCACUUCCGUCUUCGCCCUCAUCAUCGCAUACUUCCAUUACUUUGCCAUUGCCCUCGGCCCGCUUUUCGUGCUCUUUGUCUUCUCUGCGAGCUACUAUCGCGCUUCGGCGCGCGAGAUUAAGCGUCACGAGUCUGUGUUGCGAAGUACCGUCUUCUCACGCUUCACCGAGGCUGUUUCGGGUGUUGCUACGGUAAGGGCGUACGGUCUCCAGUCGAGAUUCUCCAAGUUGAUAAGAGAGGCCGUCGACAACAUGGACUCGGCCUACUACUUGACUUUCUCGAACCAGCGCUGGCUUAGCACCCGCCUUGAUGCCAUUGGCAACCUGCUUGUGUUUGUCACCGGUAUCUUGGUUGUGACGCAGCGCUUCGACGUCAACCCGAGCAUUGCUGGGCUCGUUCUCUCGUACAUCCUAUCCAUUGUACAGAUGAUUCAGUUUACGGUGCGGCAGCUUGCUGAGGUCGAGAACAACAUGAACUCGACCGAACGCAUAUACCACUACGGCACGCAGCUGGAGCAAGAGCCGCCCCUGCACCUGGGCUCUGUCGCGCCCACUUGGCCCGAGCGAGGCGAGAUCGUCUUCAACAACGUGCAGAUGCGGUACCGCGAUGGCCUCCCGCUGGUUCUCCAGGGACUGAAUAUGCACGUGCUCCCUGGCGAGCGCAUCGGCGUCGUUGGCCGUACUGGGGCCGGCAAGUCCUCCAUCAUGAGCACUCUCUUCCGCUUGGUCGAGUUGUCUGGCGGGUCCAUCUCCAUCGACGGCGUCAACAUCAGCACAAUCGGCCUCAAGGACCUGCGCUCCCGCCUCGCCAUCAUCCCACAAGACCCCACCCUCUUCCGUGGCACGAUCCGUACGAACCUCGAUCCCUUCAAUGAGCACACCGAUCUCGAGCUCUGGGGCGCGCUGCGCCAGGCCGACCUGGUGGGUGCCGAGGCGAAGAUGGAAGACAAGACGCAACGGAUCCACCUCGACAGCGCUGUCGACGAGGAAGGGCUCAACUUUUCGCUGGGCCAGCGGCAGCUGAUGGCGCUGGCGCGAGCUCUGGUUCGCGGGGCGCAGAUCAUCGUGUGCGACGAGGCAACGUCGUCGGUCGACAUGGAAACGGACGCCAAGAUUCAGCGCACCAUCGUUGAGGGCUUCCGCGGCAAGACCCUUUUGUGCAUUGCCCACCGUCUGCGCACCAUCAUCGGCUAUGACCGCAUCUGCGUCAUGGACCAGGGCCAGAUCGCAGAGCUCGACACCCCGUUGGGCCUGUGGGAGAAAGAGGGCGGUAUUUUCAGGAGCAUGUGCGAGAGGAGCAGCAUCAGGAAGGAGGAUAUCGUGGAAGCAGCCGUGGAGAGCGGCGUGUUGAAGGAGUAG